CAGCUGAGAUAAUUUUAGAAAAUAAAAGAAAUCGGAAACGUUAUAUAGGUUUCAUAUCGAUUAGAAAUUACUCUCGACGUUGUUGAGUGAAAAUUGGCACUUGUGUGUUUAGCUAACAACACAGAGUAGUAAUAGUAAUAAUACUUUUGUGAAGUCAGAGAUAUUAAUAUUAAAAUAACAUGAUGAAGAAUAGGAAUGUUUUAAAAGUUUUUGUUAGUCUUCUCGUCGCUUUUAUACUGUCUUUGACUAAAGCAGCCACUAGUACUAAAUACACAGACUGCGGAUCAGUUUCUGGUAAGAUUCAGUCCUUGGUAGUAUCUGGAUGUGACUCUGGAGAUCGGUGUAUACUGAAAAGUGGAAGCACUGUUUCCCUAAAUGUAUCUUUUAAUUCAUUGACAGAUUCCAACAAAGUCAUAACUGUCAUCCAUGGAGUUAUUGGAGGGGUACCUCUACCCUUCCCAGUCCCUAACCCCAAUGCCUGUCAGUCAUCUGGUCUCCAGUGUCCUGUAAAGAAUGGGAAAUUAUAUGAUUUUUCAUAUUCUCUCGAGGUGAAGAAAUCAUAUCCAAAAUUGGAUGUUGAUGUCAAAUGGGAACUACAGGAUGACAAUGGAAAAGAUAUCAUUUGUGCUACAGUCCCAGCAAAGAUAGAGUAACAUUUUGGAAGCAUCUAUUUGAGAUAUAAGUAGAUUAUACAUAAUAUAAUUAUAAAUAGUUGCAAUAUGUAUAAUGCUAAUUGUUAAUCCAACUCCAUAAUAUAUUUUUGGACCAUGAUUGAAAUAAAUGUGUAUUUUUCAUCUUUGUUA